CCGCCAUUUUGUCGGUGCCGGAUCUCCAGCGCCGCCCGGAGCUGUGCCCGCGGCCGGGGUCGCCCGUGCCCGCCCGUCCGCCAGGGCAGCUCCGCCCGUGUCCUUCCGCACCCCUCGGCAUGUGAGCGCCCCGGCACCGCUGCUCUCACCCGGCUCGAGCGGCAACAGCACCGCGGCGGCCCCCCCGGCCGGGCACGGCCCCUCAGCCCGGCGCAGGCCCCGCCGCCGCCGCCGCCAUGGCGCUGAAGAUGGUGAAGGGCAGCAUCGACCGUAUGUUUGAUAAGAACCUGCAGGACCUGGUGCGCGGCAUCCGCAAUCACAAGGAGGAUGAGGCAAAAUACAUCUCACAAUGCAUCGAUGAGAUCAAGCAGGAGCUGAAGCAGGACAACAUCGCAGUGAAGGCAAAUGCAGUCUGCAAACUGACCUAUUUACAAAUGCUGGGCUAUGACAUCAGUUGGGCUGCUUUCAACAUUAUUGAAGUUAUGAGUGCUUCCAAGUUUACAUUCAAGCGCAUUGGUUACCUGGCUGCCUCCCAGUGCUUUCAUGAAGGGACUGAUGUCAUUAUGUUGACAACUAAUCAGAUCCGAAAGGAUCUGAGUAGCCCUAACCAGUAUGAUACUGGAGUUGCACUGACUGGCUUGUCCUGUUUUGUUACUCCAGAUCUUGCCAGGGACUUGGCAAAUGACAUCAUGACAUUGAUGUCUCACACAAAGCCUUACAUCAGGAAGAAGGCAGUGUUAAUCAUGUACAAAGUUUUUUUGAAGUACCCAGAGUCCCUCCGUCCUGCAUUUCCUCGCCUUAAAGAGAAACUUGAAGAUCCAGAUCCCGGUGUGCAGUCUGCUGCAGUAAAUGUUAUUUGUGAGCUGGCUCGACGCAAUCCCAAAAAUUACCUUUCCCUUGCUCCACUCUUCUUCAAGUUGAUGACGUCAUCAACCAAUAAUUGGGUUCUCAUUAAAAUUAUAAAACUGUUUGGUGCUCUUACUCCAUUAGAACCAAGACUGGGAAAGAAACUGAUUGAGCCCCUGACCAACCUCAUCCACAGCACCUCAGCCAUGUCUCUCUUAUAUGAAUGUGUGAACACAGUAAUAGCAGUUCUGAUCUCUCUGUCCUCGGGGAUGCCCAACCACAGCGCCAGCAUCCAGCUUUGUGUGCAGAAGUUGAGGAUAUUGAUAGAAGAUUCUGACCAGAACUUGAAGUACCUGGGACUGUUAGCUAUGUCCAAAAUCCUGAAAACGCACCCCAAGUCAGUUCAGUCUCACAAGGAUCUCAUUCUCCAAUGUUUGGAUGACAAAGAUGAGUCCAUCCGACUCAGAGCUUUAGAUCUCCUCUAUGGCAUGGUCUCCAAGAAGAACUUGAUGGAGAUUGUGAAGAAACUGAUGAUUCACGUGGAUAAAGCCGAAGGGACGACAUACCGAGAUGAGCUGCUGACCAAAAUCAUAGACAUCUGCAGCCAGUCCAAUUAUCAAUACAUCACAAACUUUGAAUGGUACAUAAGCAUCCUGGUGGAGCUGACCCGGCUGGAGGGCACGAGGCACGGGCACCUGAUCGCAGCCCAGAUGUUGGAUGUGGCCAUCAGAGUGAAAGCCAUCCGGAAGUUUGCGGUGUCCCAGAUGGCCAUGCUGCUGGACAAUGCCCACCUUAUCGCCAGCAACACCCAGAGGAACGGCAUCUGUGAGGUGCUCUAUGCUGCUGCCUGGAUCUGCGGGGAGUUCUCUGAACACCUUGAGGAAGCAAACCAAACCCUGGAAGCAAUGUUGAGGCCCAAAGUUACAACCCUGCCAGGACACAUCCAGGCUGUUUACGUGCAGAACAUGGUGAAGCUCUAUGCAUCCAUCCUGCAGCAGAAGGAGCAGGCUGGGGAAAAGGAAGCAGCUCAGGAAAUUACACAGCUGAUGAUUGAGCGCCUGCCUCAGUUUGUGCAGAGUGCUGAUCUGGAGGUUCAGGAGAGGGCUUCUUGCAUCUUGCAGCUAAUAAAAUACAUUCAGAAGCUACAAGUAAAAGAAGUUCCUGUAGCUGAGGAAGUGAUAGCCCUGUUUGCUGGUGAGCUGAACCCUGUGGCUCCUAAAGCACAGAAGAAAGUCCCUGUUCCAGAGGGCCUGGACCUCGAUGCCUGGAUCAAUGAGCCUCCAUCAGACAGUGAGUCUGAAGAUGAAAAGCCCAAAACAAUAUUUCAUGAGGAGGAACAAAGGCAUUCAAGACACAGGCAGCCAGAAAUAGAUGAAGAGGAACUGGCCAGACGUCGUGAAGCCCGGAAACAAGAGCAGGCAAACAACCCAUUUUAUAUUAAAAGCUCUCCUUCCCCUCAGAAGCGAUACCAAGACACUCCAGGGGUGGAACAUAUUCCUGUGGUCCAGAUCGACCUUUCUGUCCCAUUAAAAGUUCCAGGAAUGCCCAUGUCCGACCAGUAUGUGAAACUAGAAGAAGAGCGAAGGCAUAAACAGAAACUGGAGAAAGACAAGAAAAAGAAAAAACAGAAAAAGGAGAAGAGAGGGAAACACCAUCGCCACAACUCCCUGCACACAGAGAGUGAGGAGGACAUUGCUCCAGCUCACCACGUUGACAUCAUCACAGAGGAGAUGCCAGAGAAUGCUUUGCCCAGUGAUGAAGAUGACAAAGAUCCAAAUGAUCCCUAUAAGGCACUUGACAUAGAUCUGGAUAAUCUGGUUUCAGGGAAGCCUUCCAGACCCUUAGCAGACAGUGAGAAGCUGCCAGUGCAGAGGCACAGGAAUGUUGAGGCCCUGAAGUCACCAGACUCAGAAGUUCCCCUAGUAGAGAAGAAGAGCAAGAAACCCAAAAAGAAGGAAAAGAAACAUAAAGAUAAAGAGAGAGAGAAAGGAAAGAAGAAAGAGAAAGAGAAAAAGGUGGUAGAGGAGGAAGAAGAAGAAAAAAAGGGGGAAGACUUGGAUUUCUGGCUCUCCACUGCUCCACCAGAUGCUCCCACGCCCCAGCCACAGAGCGAGCCCAGAAUGGGCACUGCUGUGGUGGCUGAAUCUCAAGAGGUAAAAAAAGAAGAAAGGGAAGAGCAAGAUGAGGAGGAGGAGGAUGAAGGAAAGAAAUCCUCCAAGCAUAAGAAGAAAAAGCACAAGAAAGAGAAAGAAGAGAAAUCAAAGGAUAAAAAGAAAUCCAAAAAGAAGAGUCAUCACAGUGAGGAGGAGCCCCUGGAGUCGGUGCAGAAUGGGACACUAGAGGAUGAGCCACUACCACCCAUGUCCAGUUACCGCCUUCUCGCUGAAAACCCGUACAUUAAAAUGACCUAUGAUAUUCAAGGAAACCUCCAGAAUGACAGCCAAGUUACUGUGUCUGUUAUCUUUGAGAACAAAAGCACUAGCUUCCUUAAGAGCAUGGAACUGAAUGUCCUGGACUCUCUCAACACUAAAAUGCUCCGACCAGAAGGAUCAUCAGUACAUGAUGGGAUACCCGUGCCCUUCCAGCUCCCCCCUGGAAUCUCUAAUGAAGCCCAGUUUGUGUUUACACUUCAGAGUAUUGUUAUGGCUCAGAAGUUAAAAGGAACACUGUCCUUUAUAGUCAAAAAUGAUGAAGGUUCAACCCAUGAAAAACUAGAUUUCAAAUUGCACUUCAGUUGUGCUUCAUACUUGAUCACGACGCCUUGCUACAGUGAUGCUUUUGCCAAGCUCCUAGAGUCUGGAGAUCUGCACAUGAAUUCUAUUAAAGUAGAUGGAAUUAGCAUUUCUUUCCAACAUCUACUGGCAAAGAUCUGUUUUCAUCAUCAUUUUUCAGUUGUGGAACGUGUUGAUUCGUGUGCAUCCAUGUACAGCCGUUCUAUCCAAGGCCAUCACGUCUGCCUACUGGUAAAAAAGGGAGAGAACUCUGUAUCCAUAGAUGGGAAAUGCAAUGAUUCUACCCUGCUUAGCAACUUGUUGGAUGAGAUGAAAGAGACAUUGUCCAAGUGCUGAAUAUUCCUUAUAAAAUAUUCCAACGACCAGAAACACACCCAACGUGUAAAGACGAGCAGACCCAAGUGUUAAGUUUCUCCCUCGUACGCAUGUACUACCCUGGGGCACGUGCUUUCAGUUAACUCCACCAUUGGUUGCAGUUUAGACAUUUUAAGGCUGUAUGUUACCUUUUUAUUUUCAGAACUUUUUACAAACUGUGGUGUUAACCCUUUCUAGCCCAAAGAGAUCCUGGUGACAUGACUGGAGGAGGGAGGGGAGGAGGGAGGGAGGGAGGGGCGGGCACUAUUUAUUCAGCAGCUCAUGAUGAUCCCAUGACCUUCAUCUGUGUGGGACGGGAACUGAGCAGGACUUUAUCAACAGUAGCACAGUUUGUUGCUUGUGCUUAUGCCAGGGAAGGUUGACUUAAUCCUUAGCCAUGAAAUAUGUCUUCAGGGCUGCUGCAGUUGAUGUAUAUUUCUAGCAGAGGCUGGUGCUGGACCAGAAGGCCUCUUUUUGGUUUUUUUUUUUAUAUAUAUAUGAUUUAUUAUUAUCUCAAGAUCUAUUGUGAUCAGCAGAUAAACAUCCUCCAUCUCCUUGAGCUAAUCCAAAGGAGCCCUGUGAGAACUGGGAUGUUUGAGUUUCUGUUUAUAGUAGUUGCCUUGAGCCUUAACCUUCUUUUAGUGACAGCUGGAAGAGUCGAGUGUGGAAGCAUGAAAUGGUCUGAAAGUGUUACUGUUUGGGUCUGUGAUCCCCUCGACUGCCCCACACACGGAAUCUGUCAGGCCUCUCCCCUUUGAGCUGUAUCUGCUGAUGUGUUUUAUGAGUCCACUUCAAUUUCACAUUCCUGAACAGUUAAGCUGUAGCAAGAAACUGGAAAUCCAAAGGGGUCUGUUCCUGCUUUUUUAUCCUUUCGCUCACCAGCUGAGGUUGACCAUUGCCAGGUAGAAAAACAGCCAUGGGUGCAGCCUCUUGUGUGCAGGUCCAUGUCCUCCCUCUGGGUUCUGAAACCAGCAGGGUCAUUCUGUGUCCCCUCAGUGUCCCUCAGCCCUGCCCUUGCUGCAGUGAGAGCAGAUUUGGCAGCACAAGUGCCCCUGGGUCCCUGUGGCAGAGCCCUCCCUGCUGGGGUGCAGGAGAGAGGGAUGGAUUGGGAGCCCCUCACCCUGCUGGGGUGCAGGAGGGGAAGGAGUGAGGAUCCCCUCUCCCUGCCAGGGUGCAGGAGGGGGAGGGGGCUGGGGAGCUGCAGGUUUGGGACUAUAGCAGUUGCUUUAGAGGGAAGAAAGGAGAGUCUGGGAGGUGCCCAUUCUGCACUACUGGAAUCUUGUGGAGUCACUAACAGGAAAAGGAUGCCACGGGGUCCUGCAGAGAUGCUCAGCUGAUGUCUUUCUCCAACAUCCCUUGCUUUCAACUUAUUUUUUUAUUCCCUUUGCUCCAUUUCUUUCCUCGCUGUUCCACACCCAGUGAGGAAAACUCUGUGGAAUAGUUUUGCUUCGAGGCAUGGGUCAGGAGCAGUUGAUUGCUCCAAAAAGGUGCCCAGGGAGGAGCUGGCUGGGUCUGCACAUCUCCAGCACCACCACCACUCCUAAAACAGCAAAUCCCUACACAGGGAGCAGGAUAAAGUGUUGGUCUUAUCCCUUGGGUGAUGUCCUGUACUUUACACGUGUCUUGUGCUCUUUACACUCUUCCCACAGGAGGUAUUUUGGCAAAGGCUCUGCUCUGGUGCUCUGGGUUCCUUGCCAGGCCCAGCUCCGUGUAUGACCACGCUGCCAGGACGUGGAGGGUUUGGUUUUGGUCAGCCUCCCUUGGUUAGCCAGUUGUGUAUUAGAAACUGAACAUAUUAAAAUUGUCUUAAAGGAUAAUGUUCCUCAAUUAGUGUUUGGGUUUUUUAAUUCAUGGAUGAAAACUGUCACUUUAGCAUGUAGAGUCUCUUACAGAAUCCUGUGCAGUGAUUCUAGAAUUUUGAAACUGUAUGAUGUGUUACAUUCACAAAUUUAUUUGCUAUCAACAUUCCCUGGAAAAAAAACAAAAAAAAAGAAAAAGAAAGCAACAUACCACAAGCUGCUGUAAUGAUUUUGUGUCAAGAUGAUCCAAUAAACUUUCAAAACAAAGUUAAA